AAAGCUUCAGUGAAAACCCGGGUACUUCAUCAGCCAGCACCACCCCACACAUACCUGCAACCAUCAGUCCCAGCAAGUGGAGAGGAUUUAAAUCCUGUAAAUAUGUUCACUUCCCUUGGUAGUCUACUUUUCAGGGAUGUUCACGUUGAUUAUGUGGUUGACAGAAUACCAAAUUGAAGGGCUGGACCUGUGGAAGAGCAUUCUGAGCGUGCACUGGUCUGAGCAGCCAGUCAGACACGGUAGCAUAACUGUAAUAGUGAUGUCCGUUUGGCCCUCUUUGAGAACAAAGGACAAUAGGCACUGUACUGCUUAUGAGAGAGAAAGCUGCAAUUAAUGGAAUGAAGCCCACUCCAAUGAGUUUAAAUUCUCAUAGAACAGACAAGAAGUACUGACAAAAACAGGUACAGCAUCAAUAGGACUGGAUACAUUCAGAUAAAUACAAUGGUACUCUAGAAAGUAAUUUGAAGGAGAGGCUCCUAGUGGUGGAAGAUAACAGGCAAAGCUUUAUGCAGAAAAUGUGUUUUCAAGGGACAGAGGGACUGCCACAUGGAGUAAAAGAGGCAGAAAGGCAAGGAGGAAGAGCAGAGCCCAGAAAAAGAGAAGGCCAAUGUGUCUGGGUUGUGACAUCAAGAGGGAGUUGGUGACCUUCAAGGAUGUGGCUGUGGAUUUCACCCAGGAGGAGUGGCGCCUCUUGGACCAUUCUCAGAGAGAGCUGUACAAGGAGGUCAUGCUGGAGAAUGCCCAGAACCUGCUCUCUGUGGGACUUCCAGUUUCUAGAGAUUUGAGCUCUCCUUUCCAGGAAGGAGAAUCACCAGGGAUGGUAGAGCACAAAGAUCCAAGGAACUCCGGUCUAGGUGGAGAGACCAGGCUGGAAGUGAAGAAGAUGGCUACAAAGGUGAAAGUUUCUGCGGAAGAAUUUGGCCAGCUUAGAUUUGAGAGUGAUGGUGCCUGUAACUUCAGCUUGAAAGAAAUCUGUGACUCUGAAACCAAGCUGGGUAAGAGUAUCUUUGAGUUUGGUGAAAUUGAAAAGGCACUCACACAGUCUUCAGUCUUAAAUAACAGGAAGAGAAGGACUUCAUGGAAUGAAUAUUUUCAGAACAGUGAAGAUAAUAAAUGGUUUCCUAAACAACUAGAGCCUUUUAAGACCCAGGAGAAGUCUCUUCAAGUGCAAAUGUACAAACGUAAUCAUCGGGAAAUGGCCUUGAAUUUGAGUUCUGAUCUCAUUGGACAACAGAAAAGUGACAAAAGUGGGAAGGCCUUCAGUCAGAACUCUAAGUUCAUUACUCUUCAGAAAAUUCACAUUAGAAGGGAGCCUAUUGAAUACAAUGAAUGGAAAGCAACUUCAUCCCAUCAAUCACAUCUUCCUUGCCAUGCUAGAUUUUAUGAUGGAAUGAGAAGACAUGCAGUUCACUGCUGUGGAAAGGCCUUUGGUUGGAACUCCGAUCUUAUUAGGCAUCAGAACAUUCACAUUGUGGGGCAGGUAGGUGGCGCAGUGGAUAAAGCACCAGCCCCGGAUUCAGGAGGACCUGAGUUCAAAUCUGGAUUCAGACACUUGACACUCACUAGCUGUGUGACCUCAGGCAAAUCACUUAACCCCCAUUGCCCUGCCAAAAAAACCCCCCAAAACCAGAACAUUCACAUUAGAAAAAAGUUGUAUAAAUGUAGUCAGUGUGGAAAGGCUUUCACAAAGAGGUCCAAUCUUGCUACACAUCAGAGAAUCCACACUGGAGAGAAACCUUAUGAAUGCAAUCAGUGUGGAAAGACUUUCAGACAGAGCUCCCAUCUUGCUAAGCAUGAGAACAUCCACGCUGGAGAGAAACCUUAUGAAUGCAAUCACUGUGGAAAGACUUUCAGACAGAGCUCCCAUCUUGCUAAGCAUGAGAGCAUCCACGCUGGAGAGAAACCUUAUGAAUGCAAUCAGUGUGGAAAGACUUUCACACAGAGAUCCACUCGUAAUAAGCAUGAACGCAUCCACGCUGGAGAGAAACGUUAUGAAUGUUUUCAGUGUGGUAAGGCUUUCAGACAGAGAUCCACUCUUGCUAUCCAUGUGAGAAUCCACACUGGAGAGAAACCUUAUGAAUGCAAUCACUGUGGAAAAGCUUUCACAAAGAGGUCCAAUCUUGCUAGACAUCAGAGAAUCCACACUGGAGAGAAACCUUAUGAAUGCAAUCAGUGUGGAAAGACUUUCAGACAGAGAUCCACUCUUGAUAAGCUUGAGAGCAUCCACGCUGGAGAGAAACCUUAUGAAUGCAAUCAGUGUGGAAAGACUUUCAGACAGAGAUCCACUCUUGCUAAGCAUGAGAGCAUCCAUGCUGGAGAGAAACCUUAUGAAUGCAAUCACUGUGGAAAAGCUUUCACAAAGAGAUACAAACUUGCUGUGCAUCAGAGAAUCCACACUGGAGAGAAACCUCAUGAAUGUAAUCAAUGUGGAAAGGCUUUCACACAGUACUGCCAUCUUGCUGCACAUCAGAGAAUCCACACUGGAGAGAAACCGUAUGAAUGCAAUCAGUGUGGAAAAGCUUUCAAAGACAGGUCCAGUCUUGUUGUACAUCAGAGAAUCCACACUGGAGAGAAACCUUAUGAAUGUAAUCAGUGUGGAAAGACUUUCAGACAGAGAUCCACUCUUGCUAUGCAUGUGAGAAUCCACACUGGAGAGAAACCUUAUGAAUGCAAUCACUGUGGAAAAGCUUUCAAAGACAGGUCCAAUUUUGCUACACAUCAGAGAAUACACACUGGAGAGAAACCUUAUGAAUGUAAUCAGUGUGGAAAGGCUUUCACAGUGAGCUGCAGUCUUGCUGCCCAUCAGACAAUCCACACUGGAGAGAAACCUUAUGAAUGUUAUCUGUGCAAAAAGGCUUUCACUUGGAAAUCCAGUCUUACUGUGCACCAGAGAAUCCACAUUGGAGAGAAACCUUAUGUAUGUAACCUGUGUGGAAAGGCUUUUGCAGUGAGCUCCGCUCUUACUUCACAUCAGAGAAUCCACUCUGGGGAAAAACCUUAUGUAUGUAAUCAGGGUGGAAAGGCUUUCACAGAGAGCUCCAGUCUUGCUGCACAUCAGAAAAUCCAUCCUGAAGAAAUCUUAGGAAUAUAAUAAAUAUGGUAAAAACCUUCAGGCAAUAUUCAUAUUCUUUAGAAAUCUUAUCACUGUUAUGAAUUACAAAUUUCAUUCAGUUGUCAGUUAGAGCUUGUUCAACAUUAGGGAAUUCUUUUUUUUUUUUGGUCAUUUAUUUAUUUUCCCCCCCAAUUACAUGUAAAAACUGUUUUUUAAAUCCAUUUUAAAACUUUGUGCAUACCCUUUGACCCAG